CGCCGUUCAAGACAGGAGGUGGGGCUUGUCGAAAUAUUUGUUGUGAAAGCGACACAAGGACGAAGUGCAGACAUCACCAAACUCUACUUAAAUGCAAAUUAAAGGGAGAACCAGAUAAAAUAAGACAGGUCUAAACAUGGGGAAGUCUCUGUUAAUUCUACCAAAGCAAAAAGAAGAUGAAGAGAUUCUGACUGAAGACUCAGAGCCCCGCACAGAGGAUGAUAAGCACGAUGUGUCACAGUUUCCAUAUGUUGAAUUCACAGGCAAGGACAGUGUCACCUGUCCAAGCUGUCAAGGGACAGGAAGGAUCCCGAGAGACCAAGACAACCAGCUAGUUGCUUUGAUACCAUACAGUGACCAAAGGCUAAAGCCAAGACGGACGACGCUGUACGUGUUAUUAUCAGUUUUUGUCUGUCUGCUGCUGUCUGGCCUGGCUGUGUUCUUUCUGUUCCCACGGACUAUUGAUGUCUCCUACGUCGGCGUCAAGUCAUCCUACGUCACCUACGAUAAAGACAGACGGAUAAUCUACCUAAAUAUCACGAACACCCUGAACAUUACCAACAAUAAUUACUAUCCGAUUCACGUGGCCAACGUCACAGCACAGGUGCAGUUCUACAAGACCGUUAUUGGAAAGUCUGUCGUCAACAACGUCACCAUGAUUCUCCCGCUCGAUAUGCGACAGAUUGAUUACACCGUUCCCACCAUUAUAGCCGAUGAGAUGAGCUACAUAUUCGAUUAUUGCACUUUGGACUCUAUUAAAGUGCAUAACAUUGUUGUCAUGAUGCAGAUGACCGUGACCACUGUGUGCUUUGGCCAUAUCGAGCAGGUGUCUCAGGAGAAGUAUCUGUAUGUGGACUGCGGUUCAAACACAACAUCUUCUCAUGGACACAUGAUACAUUAAUGCUCUUUCCCCUCUCAUCAUGCUCUUAUGUACUGAUCCAAGCAUAUGAAUGCCAGAAGAUGAGGUGCAUAAAGCUGAUUGGUCAGUGAGAGUUGUUGCUUUAUUGCUUUAUUACACCAUCAUUAAUUCUAACCUUGCACGUAGAGUUUGUUUAGAUGCACUGUGUAUUUUGUGAGAAGUUUCACCAUAGGGCUUUAAAGAUCUGAAACCACUAUAUCUUCAUGUGUUAAUAUUUUCAUUAUAUUGUUUUACAGUGUGUGGCAUUUUAAGCUAUUACUUUAUUCACUUUACAGUCUUUUAUUCAUUUUAUUUAAAUGAAUAUCUCAUAUUCUGUAUAUAUUUAAGCUACAUACCCAAAUCAUUAGCAUUAAAGGUGGGAUGCAUGAUUUAAAAAAAAAAAAAACACUUUGGAAAAGGAAGUCGGGCCGAGUCCAAAACACACUUGUAGCCAAUCAGCAGUAAGAGGCGUGUCUACUAACCGACAUGUGUGGGCAGGUCUAUCAAAAGAAGGUCCAGAUUCUAUUGGGGUAGGGGCGUGUUUGUUUAGGUGAUUUCAAAUGUCAACAAUGGCUUUCAAAGAUCAUGCACCCUGCCUUUAACAGAAUUUUAUACAUUCAGACGUGUUUGUAUUUAUAGUUGUGGACUAAAAUAUUGGCACCCUUGGUAAAUAUAAGCAAAGAAAGCUAUCUCCAGUCGAUUUAAAAGUCUUCAUUGUGGAAAUUGAUAUUUCUAGUCACCUUGAAGUGGUAAGAAAAUGUUAAUAUUAUUGGAAAUACACUUCAGAUUUAUUAUAAGGGGUGCUAAUAAUUGUGUACAGUGUGUAUUAGAGAAAAACCUUUAUUUAAUAAUGUAACCCCCCCAUUUCAAUUGUUUAACUUCAAUAAAACAUUGUAUUUUUGUGAUUUUCUUUUUUAUUAAAGCUCAAAAGGAGAAACAUAGGUUUAUUUUCCCAGCUUUUAUUGCUCGGAUAUACCAAGGGUGCCAAUAUUUUUGUCCAUAAUGUAAAUGUCUGUUUCUAACUACAGGGAACAUUCAUUUACCAGAAUCAUUUCCAAAUGGUGAAUUUUUUUAGGUGGCACAUUCUGACAGCCAACACAAAAAAGCCUUCACUCUAAAAAAACAAACGGUGCUAUAUAGCACCAAAACUGUUGAUUUGAAUCGUAACCAUAGAAGAACCGUUUUUAGUGCCAUAUAGCACCGGUGAAGAACCGGUGAAGCACCUGUGUGGAACCAUAUAGGGGCCAUAUAGCACCACAUUUGGUUCUACAUAGCCCUAUAUGGUUCUACACAGGUGCUUCACCGGUACUUCACCGGUGCUAUAUGGCACUAAAAACGGUUCUUCUAUGAUUACGAGCAAAGAACCACUUUUGGUGCUAUAUAGCACCGUUUGUUUUUAUAGAGUGUUGGAUGACAGUGAAAAUGCUUUGGUCAAACAUUAAAAGUAAUGGAAAACAUUAAAUAAAAUGUUUGUUAUAUGGAAAAUAAUUCGUUUUAUAUUUGGAAAGAGAUUUAAGUCAUUUCAUAGUUUUGCAAGCACAAUAUUGCAACCAGUUAUAUUGGAGAGACGUUAUUUAUCUGGGCCAUUAAAUCUCAUAACGGAUGUUUUUGCAUGACAUUGAUGUAGAUCAUUGAUAUGAUGAUGAUGUUAUUUUAUAAUUUUUUAUUUUCUUGUUUAUACGGGAAUGGCACUUAUAUAUCAAAAGCAUUUUUGAAAGACACUUUACAUGUAACUGUUAUUAUUUUAGUGUGAUUUAUCAAAAAUCUGAUUUAUUUAAUGGAA